AUGAUUUCAUCUAUCGAACCUGUCUUCCAUUUGACAAUCCGCACCAUGAUCUCGUCUCCGUCGACGGUACGUCGGCUACUGAAGGCGCGCCGCGCUGAAGUGGCGGCUGUAUCGAUCACCGCUAAGCCCACGGCCAUCUUUGAUAGUCAGGACGUGACUGCGCCGUACACGCAAUACGUUUUUAAGCUCCGGAGCGCCUCCACUAGCUCCAGAGAGGGAUGGAAGCUCCGCAAGCGAUACUCGGAUUUCCGUACGCUUUAUCGCAAGUUGCGAUGUACGAGGACCCAGUGGGAAGCGAGCUGUGUCCAACAAGGAGAAGCGUUUGCGUCGGUGGUCAAAAUUCUGCGGCAAGCAGCGGGGCCAGAGUUUCCUAGGAAACAUAUCCGAUGCGACACCAUCGCUAUUAUUCAAGAGCGACGAGGCAAACUCAAGGACUAUAUGCGGACGCUUCUAGAGGCCUAUACAGAGCUGGAGGUUUUGCUGGGAGCACCAGGCACCUUGAAAGGCGAUUUCCUUGAGGAAAUCGUGUGUGUGAACACGGUUUUCGUCGAGAUUGAGCGGUUCUUGGCAAUCCCACCGAAGCGCAAGGAAAUUGAGGCCAAGUUAACGCGAGCGGUGACGACUCUGGAAGAUGUAAAGCUGGACCAACAUAGUGAAAUCCAGACGACGCAAUGCUGCAUUUGUCUGGGUGACAACAACUUACGGGAGUCAGGUAAUGGGGCUGAGAAGGACAUGGCCCAGUUGCCGUGUGCACACAUUUUCCAUGAGGAUUGCAUCAUUCACUGGCUUCAGUGUGGUUCGACGUGUCCAAUGUGUCGCUCUACUGUUGGAAACCCAGCAAAGCGACGAGUAGCGGUGGCUCUCGGGUAGUUGUGUUCACAGAUUUGUGUUGAUUGAUAUAGUUGCGUUGAAAUAGCGUCAAUCAAAUUGUUGAAAGUUUGAACCGGAAA